GUGCCUUUAAAUAGCAGUCAGAAAAAGAGAAGUGUGAAAAGAACAGUGAGAUGUUGAGUGCAGAGACAUUUGAAGCGCAUGUAGGACUGCGCACUUUUAAGCCUGAGUGCUGGGGACUGCACAGCACCGCUGUCCUGAGGAAUACCUCCACAAGAGGAAGAGAUAUAGCACAGCCAUAACUAAAGAGAGCAGAGGAAAGCAAACAAAGAAAGGUGGGAGAAGACGAGCAGAAUUUGGCUGGGGGCUCAUGGGGAAUCUCCUGAAAGUGCUGGCUUGCGCCGAACUUGAGCAUGGCCCAAUAGUUUUCCUUGACUUUGAACAUGCCCAGCCCACGGAGGCGGAGACGGCCGUUUGGAACCAGGUCAGCGCAGUGCUGGAGGAGGCUCACGGGAUCCUAGCAGAGUUACAGUCCUACAAUGGAGCGGGGCAAGAGAUAAGAGAAGCUAUUCAGAACCCCAAUGACCUCCAGCUACAGGAGAAAGCCUGGAAUGCUGUGUGCCCCCUAGUGGCCAAGCUGAAGCGGUUCUAUGAAUUUUCACUCAGGUUAGAGAAUGCCCUGCGCAGCCUGUUGGAGGCCCUGACGAGCCCUCCAUAUGCCCCCAUGCAGCAUCUGGAGAGAGAGCAGGCUCUGGCUAAGCAGUUUGCAGAGAUCCUGCACUUUACCCUCAGCUUUGACGAGCUCAAGAUGACAAAUCCAGCCAUCCAGAAUGACUUCAGUUACUACAGGAGGACCAUAAGCAGGAAUCGGCUGAACAAUCAGCAGUUAGAGGCAGAGAAUGAAGUCAAUAAUGAGAUGGCCAAUCGGAUGUCGCUCUUUUAUGCGGAAGCCACACCUAUGCUGAAAACCUUGAGCAACGCCACGACUAAGUUUGUGUCAGAGAACAAGACAUUGCCCAUUGAGGACACCACAGAUUGCCUGAGCACUAUGGCCUGUGUGUGUCGGGUCAUGCUAGAGACUCCGGAGUACCGGUGCCGUUUUACCAACACAGACACCAUGCUGUUCUGCAUGCGUGUGAUGGUGGGCGUCAUUAUCCUCUAUGAUCAUGUUCACCCCGUGGGUGCCUUCGCUAAAACCUCCAAGAUUGACAUGAAGGGCUGCAUCAAGGUGUUGAAAGAGCAACCUUCAAACAGUGUGGAGGGACUGUUGAAUGCACUGAGGUAUACAACAAGACAUCUAAAUGACGACAGCACCUCGAAACAAAUCCGCGCUCUACUUCAAUGAGAAGCGGCGCUGUUCGGGAAGAGAGGGAUGAAAGCAAGAGGGAACGAAAGAGAGAGAACAGUGGAAGUGACUGACAGAGAACAAAGGAUGAUGGCUGGCAGUCUUGGGUGAAGCAACCUCAGAAACCUGUUUGUUUACAAGAAUAAAAUGCAAAAUUAUCUCAAUUUCAAUAACCUAAAAAAAGAUAGAAAGAAAUAUGAAAAAGUAUAUAAAUAUAUAUACAUAUAUAUAUAUUGUCAAUUGUUCAUCAAGUCUCUGAUUUUGUAAAAACAUGAGAAGAAGAUUACAGAGAUAUAGAUACAUAUAUAUAUCUAGGAAUAUUGAAGUACAAACUGGAACAGAACCACGGCCUACCAGACGUGAACACUUAGAACUUAAAGACGAAAUUGAAUAUAUUAAAACCGUAUGGUCAGCAAAGAUGAAAAUCAACAUCAAAAGGGUUCAUAUACUUCUGGAGAGUAUUUUUGCACACAGAAAACAACGCCAACUCCCCCCCGUUCAUUAUACAGAUUUUUGAAAUGGCUUAACAUGAUGUGUAUAGUUCAGCUCUGUUUCCAUGCAUCGAGACUCCAUUGGAUUUUGAACACGUUCGCCUCUUCAUCGUUGACAUGCUUCUUCCAUUGCAGUUUUCUGGUACGAUUGCGCUCUAUUAUAUUUCUUCCUGUGAGUUACAGGAUCCGUGACUCAAUCACGUCAUGCUAUUUCUGCAUUUCUCGACAGAAACCCACCAGUGAUUAUAAAAAGAGAUUGAUUUACGUCGCUGUAUAUACUCAAAAAAGCACAGGAUAGUUUUGUAAAGAAGUUAAGCAUUUUGUUAGACUUAUUCACUAGUGCUGUACAGCAAUACUCAACCGAGGUAACAACUGCAAAGGCAGUGAUCCGUUUUUCGAAUAAGCUGUUUGUGCCAAUACAGGAUGAACAGAAGGAAGGCUGUACAUAUGAGAACGUGUAUUAGGGUUUUUCUGCUCCAGUGAAUUGUGGGAAAGGGCAUUCUUGAGUAACUCUGAGUAAGCCAUGAAACUACUGUCUUUCAAAAGCCACUCACAUUUUGCUCAGCGCCAUAGCUGCUUCUGUACCACUGCUUCUCAUCUGUGGCCUGAUGUGCGUUCAUUGCAGGGCGAGCAGACUGAGGGGUGAUGUCCUAGGCCUGUGAUUAAAAGAGCCACUAUACAUCAAUCUCUUAGCAGUACGCAGUUAAAACACAGUAAUGGAGUGAUAGCAGUUCUGUUUCUGCCAUUAUAACAGAUUAUUGCCAAAUGUAACCAUGACAUUGCCUUUUAGAGUACACAAUCAAUUGACGGGCAGGUGUAGUCUCCUAAAUAGCUGGAGAUCAUACUGAUUACUUUCACUUAUACACGCAUACAAUACUGAGUAAAGGUCUGACACCACCCUUCAUUUUUUUCAUUUCCAGUCAAAAUGGCCAUUAAGUACAAGUUAUUCAUUUUUCAGUGUUACAAAAAAAAGUGGAAGCAUAUAUUUAACAGAAAAUCACCCAGAAGCCUCAACCACCAAAGAUCAUUUCAAAUCUUUCAGUAUAUAGUGUGUCCAGUGUUUAGUGUUUUUCUUACAGUUUCCAUUCUUUUCAGGAGACUUACUUUCAGUUUUUCAAAGAAACCUGCAGGGAUAUUUUUCCACAUCUACAAAGUUCAGUCUUAGAAGUUGGUUACAUUUUCUGCUUCUCAUGAUCCAAGUAAUCCUAAACACAUUCAAUGAUGUUGAGGUCUGGACUGGGCUGGUCAGUCUGUUGUUCUAAGAACACCAGCAGCUUCUUUGUUGGAUUUGCAGAUUUUUCUCUUUUUGUCUAUUUCCUUUCUUCAGUAACUGCAUCUUGACGACUAAAGAAGACCCAUAGUGUUGAGUUGACAGAAACACCUGUGGAUUUUUUCAGAUCUGAAGCAAGAGUAGAGCUUGAUUUUCUCCACUUUCUCAUAGACGGUGACAGUUUUGGUGAUCUACCAGGUCUUGCAUGGUUGUUAGGAGUCCAUGGACAUUGCAUAAAAUGUUCUCUGUAUAUUUUAAACAUUUAAACAUUCUUUAGACUUUCCCUUUCCCUAUGCAGUUAAAUUACUGCAUAUCUACUCUCCUCAAAAAUAUCUAUAAAAAAAGAGUAACUUGUACUUAAUGGAUGUUUUGACUGGAAAUUAAGUGAAUGAAGGGGGUCUUUGACUUCUUCACAGAACAGUACAUACACAAACACACAUGCAUACACACACAAAAGGCGUAGAGCAGAAUAAACACAGAAUGUCUCGGUGUAAAUACGUGAAUAAGAUUUUCCACCAGGUGUCUAAGAGGCCUGUGAAACAAAUGUGCUUAAAUUCAGCUAGAGGAUGUUUCUUUUAGUAAAUUAAAAAUAAAAAAAAUAAAAGCUUAAAAAAAAGAUCACAUCAUAAAAUGAGUGGGUAUUAAAAAAAGAAAUUAUUUAAAAAGAUUAAAACACAACAAAAUGCAGUGUUGUACUUUCGAUGUCUAUAGCCCUUAGUCUAACUUAAUUUGAUCUUACAGUAUAUUUUUUA